UCCUCCACCACUCCCUGUCGCCAUCAAUCAUCACCAAAGUCCAUCUUAGUCACCUUACAUCGAAUCCCAUCAUCGCAAUCGUCCCUAUCUCAACUUUUCUCAAUCUAAUCCCUUGAUUCUAGCACUGUGAGAGAUUAGGUUGAGAACAGUGGAGUAGGAAGUGAGUACGGGGUGAUUUCAGCGCUUCAUCUCACAUCACAGACAGCAUGGGAAGGAAGAGGAGCAGGAGAAGCACUAUGGACACAGGUAAGAGAGCUGCAUGAAACCGAGCAGUAUAUAGAGGAAACCCACUUGGACAGAGAUGCAGUUGCCAAGGUGUUUGGAGUUGAUGAUAAGGGAUGUGUUCGAGGAAUGGGAGGUGGGAUAUCAAAGACUGAACUGCUUGCUUCCGCACUUCCUAGGAAGCAGUUACGACAACAAGUGCUGAAGACUAGAGCUGUGGAAGAUCGUGUCCAUAGUCUCGAGGUAACUGUUGAGACACUAAUGGCUGGUUUGAGUUGCAAUUCCAAGACCAACAAUGCUAAUGCUCAGGGUGUGGAUGGUGGUGGUUGUCAACUUAGAAUCCAGAAAGUAAUUGUGAGAAAUAUGAGAAAAAGCUGUGUUUCCUUGGGAUGUAUAGAUAGGAAUAGGCCUCCAACUAAUGAUGAAUAUCAUUUGGUCUGCAUUGAAGAAAUUUGUCUGCCUUAUGAAAGUCUCUGCGAUGGCAAUGGUACUUUUCGUGAUAUUAACAUAGGCGACAAGAUUUUCUGGCCUCAACACUCGGUUUCUCUACUUCCCACACCGAUGAUGCUGCGUUUUAAUGAAGAAGUUCUGUUUUCUGUGGAGGUGCACUGACUGACUUUUUGGAACUUUUUUUUUGGGAAAGACAUGGUUGGGAUACAUGUAAGUUUUUUGGGUAUAUUUACUGGGUUUAUAUAUGUAACUAUUUUGGGAUCUUAAUUAUCGGAUGUAAGUAUUUUGGGGUUUAGUCAAACUUGCAAGUUUGUAUGGUUUCGAGUUUCAUCUUUUUUGUAAAGAAGAAGACACUCAAAACAUGUAAAGAAGUGUAACUUUUACGGAUUUGUAGCUUCAGCAGGUUUCAGAGCCCUGCUUUUAUCUAAUUAAAAAUAUAUUAGUAUCUCAA